UUGAUAUUAUUGUUGAUAUUUGGUGGCCUUCUUUGCAGGUUGAUUUGACCUUUUUAGUUCAACAUGUCAGAUAACAUCCUUGUUGCCGUGCGGCUGCGGCCACUGAUACAGAGAGAAGUUACAGAUAAUUCGGCCAUCCACUGGCAGUUAGGUGAAGGGAACACCUUAAUUCAGAUUGAUCCUCAUACACGGAAAGCAUUAUGCCCUCCUUAUAAAUUUGAUCGUGUUUUUGGCAUGGACUAUGAAAAUGCAGACAUAUUUUUUGAAGUUGCGCAGGGCAUCGUUGAAUCUGCUCUUGCAGGAUUCAAUGGUACAAUAUUUGCCUACGGUCAGACAUCAUCAGGGAAGACGUACACAAUGAUGGGCGAGAAGAGUAGUCCUGGAAUAAUUCCACUGGCCAUACAGAAUAUUUUUAAUAGCAUUGAGAAAAACAACCCUGAUCGCGAAUACCUUAUAAGCGCAUUUGUGAAUUUCCGUGACUCCAAGCUCACCCGUAUUCUCCAGUCGUCACUGGGUGGAAAUGCAAAGACUGCUAUUGUAUGUAAUGUCACCCCAGUUGGCAUUGAUCAGACUCAUUCCACAUUAAGCACUGAGUGA